AUGAGCAUGUUGAUUGUUCAAGUGAUUGCCAUUGGAAUGCAAUUGCUUUCUAAGGUUAUUUUGAGCAAUGGGACGUUUGUGCUUGCACUUAUGACCUAUAGGCAUGUGGUUGCUGCCCUUUGCAUUGCUCCUUUUGCUUUCUUCUUUGAAAGAGGCGUUAAAAGUAAGCUGAGUUGGUCUGUUUUCUUCUGGCUCUUUCUUAAUUCCUUGAGCGGGAUAAUAAUGGCUAUGGGAUUGUUCUACUAUGGUCUCAAAGACACCACAGCUACAUAUGCCAUCAACUUCCUCAACUUGGUUCCAGUAGUCACCUUUGUCUUCUCCAUCAUCUUAAGAAUUGAGAAAUUGGGACUAGGUACUGGAGCAGGAAAAAUCAAGACGUCAGGUGCAAUAUUGUGCGUUGCAGGAGCUCUGGUAGCUUGUCUUUAUAAGGGAAAAGCAUUCUACCUCGUCCAUAAAAGUCUUGAACAUCAUGUUCAAUACAAGCCAUCUAAGGUUCACUGGACUCGAGGCACAAUCAUGCUCAUUGGCAGCUGCUUGUCCUAUUCUAUAUGGUACACAUUGCAGGCCAAGUUGAUCAAAGUGUUCCCAUUCAAAUAUCAUACAACCAUGAUCAGUUGCAUCUUGGCCUCCUUGCAAUCAGCAGUAGUAGGUGUAUGCUUAGACAGAAGUAAGGCUGCUUGGAAGCUAGGUUGGAACCUGCAACUAGUUACCAUCAUCUACUCGGGAGCAUUGGCUACAGCUGCAACAUUUUGCUUGAUUUGUUGGGCAGUUGUAAGAAGAGGCCCUUCUUAUCCACCUAUGUUCAAUCCAUUGACACUCAUAUUUGUGGCCAUUUUGGAAGCUCUCAUACUUGGUGCAGAGAUCACAGUUGGCAUAUUGUUGGGCAUGGUUUUGAUAAUAAUUGGUUUGUACUCCUUUUUGUUGGGAAAAAGGAAGGAGAUGAAAGACAUGCCUAAGCCAAGUAUAGAAACUGCAGAAGCUGCCAUAACAGUUGAACCUACAAGGAUUCAGCCAAUGGCUUCAGUGAAGCCAGUUAGUACUUCUCCUACUAACACUACUGAAGAUAUAGAAUUGGGUUCUGUUAAGGAUGCUUUAAAGCCAUGA